GCCAUUACUGUUUUCAUCUUCCACAACCUUGAACCCUCCUAAAACCCGCUCUGCUUGCUUCUUCCAUCCAGUGCAAAAUGGCACUCGCUCAACUCCUCCGUCCAAAACCAGGAUUUCAUGUCCACAAAAUUGGACUUCCCAGACCGAGAAGAUGUUGUUCAUCUUCUUCGAAUAGCAAGGCCGAGCAAUCAUCUCAGACAAAGAAACUGGAGGCGGCCAGGGAGCAGCAUGGACCGGUGGCUCGGGAAUCAGAUAUGCAGAAAUUUAUGGAAAUGGAUCCAGGGGUCUCACCAACACAGACCCAAGUCCGAAGUGAAGUGUGGGGAUCAUUUUGCACUGUAAGAAACAUUCUUAUGCGACUGAAGGAAAGGAUGCUGGGACAUUUCCAAUUGCAAAAUCAUAGUACUAGCUUAAUGUCAGAUUCUAGAGUUGAUACAGCAGUCCCUGACAUUGCACCACAUACUUGUCCAGAUAAUACUGAGUUUGGUCAGGCCAAAAGUAUAGUACAGUUGUCAGAAGCAGUAGCAAAUUGUCUCAGUUGUGUGAAAAAUAUUUCAAAAAAUAAAACACCCCAGAUAAUGGUGGGGAACUCUUUAGACUAUAUGGUCAAUACAACAUCAUCUGAAGUUAUUAAGAUCCAUAAUAAUCAAGAAAAUACUGAACUUGGUGACCCUGGAAGUUUACUAGAAUUUUCAGAAACCAUAGAGGAUUCUCAUGGUAAUGACAAAAAAAUUUCAGUGGCUGCAGCACCCCUUGAAAUUGAGAAACACUCUUCUGAGGAUAUGGUUGGUAAAACUGUUUCUGAGGUUAGCAAGAUGUAUAAUAAUCUGGAUAGAACUGAAGUCGGUGAGGAUAUGGUCAGUAAAACUGUUUCUGAGGUUAGCAAGAUGUAUAAUAAUCUGGAUAGAACUGAAGUUGGUGAAACUGUAACUACAGUUCAAUUGUCAGAGGUUUUAAUUGAUUCUCACAGCAAUAAGAAAAAUGUAUCAACAAGUGCGAUAUCUCAUAUGAUGGGAGAAGACCCUUCUGUGGAUAUGGCUCAAUCAGAAGAAACUCCUAAUAUGUCAAAACUAGUUGGACCUAAAAGUAGGCACAUUCACCUUUCCAAAGUAGUGGCAGACAUAGCUGCAGUUUUUGACAGAGAUUUGAUGUCAAAGUCUCAGAAAUUCUCUUGCAUAGAACAUUCAUUCCUGAAUGAAGAUACUAGUGGAGCAUUUCCAAAAGAUGGUGUGGAAGAACUGACUGCAAUUGGAAAUGGAAAUUGUCAACAUAACAAGAAGAUUACUUCUUCUGGUCAACCAUCAAGUGCAGGUACCGAAGAUGAUGAAAACCUGGCAACAUCUGGUAGUGCCCCAAGGGUCAUGGAGCUAUCAGACAUGUUUACAAGGGCAAUGAAUAAUCCAGCACAAGGAGAAAUGGCUAGCCAAAAAAGGUUUGCUUUAACACCCAAGAGAUUUUCAGAAGAUUCAAAUGAAACAUCAGGAGAGAAAGUGGCAAAAAGCUCUGACAUAAAGUUUCUAAUUGACUUCAUUAAAGAGCUGCCUAGAGAACAAUUAAUUAGUAGAUCUCAGGACAGUAUAUCCAACCAGACCAACCAAGUCAGCAAUAGAGGCCUGCCUAUGAAAAAAAAGGAAGUCAGGAACAAAGAUUCAGUAAGAAGGAUUCAAUCCUGUCCUGAUUUGCAAAAAUCUAAUAGUAAAGAAGGAAUAACUCAAUUGAAAUCCAUCUUUGAGGACAAGGAGAGUAGUACCAAAAACCCUGAAAAAAAGCAUUGCAUAAACACUCCCUGUGAGACACAUAAGGAAAAUAGAAAUACUGACAAGAGGGAGGAAGUGCAGUGCACAGAUAUGAGUGAUGGUGCUGACAGACACCAUUCGGAUUUCGAAGCUACCAACCAUGUAUUGAAACCAUACACUAUGGUUCCAUGUCCAACCAGCAAAGAUCCCAAUAAAAAUCUCAAUACCUCUUCCAUUGGAGAAGGGGCUGAACAAAACAAAGUGUUAAUGAGAUUCUUGCUCAAAAGUACUCCAAAGAGGGAGAUUCUUUCUGCUUUGAAGGAUUGUGGACCUAUUGCGAAGGUAUCUGAAUUUUCCCAUGUUAAGGGGAGCAAUUUCAAAGAUGCCUAUGUGUAUUUUGAGACAAGUGCAGGGCUACAGAAAGCUCUCAAAAAGACUGAUCUGGUAGUGGAAGAUGUAGAUGUCAUCAUGGAAGGAACUUCUUCCUUGGAAAUCAUUUCUAAUAGAAUUUCCAUUCCCGACCUGAUUGGUGAUCCUGAUGUACCUGGUGCACUAGUGAAGAAUCCCACCAGAACAGCUGUGAUCAAAGGUUUGACUCUUGAAAUGAGCUGGAAACAUCUAGAGAAGGCUCUUUCCUGUGGGAAAGGCAUAUCUGGCUUUAUCAUGGGUUCCUCAAGUUCGGUUGCUUAUGUGGAGUUUGAGACAGAAGAUGCCAAAGAGAAGGCAAUUGCAAAACAUUCCUUCAAAGUACUAGGGAAAUGUCUACAGGUAUUCAGAAUUGAUGCACCGAGAACAACAGUUGCAAGGAUUUCAAACAUAAACUCCCGAAAAGGAGAAAAGAAAAUCCGCUCUGUAUGCAGUCAUUAUGGGCAGGUUAAGAAUGUAGUCCACAGAGACCAUGACACCGUAGAUGUUCAUUUCAAACUUGCAGAAUGGCCAAGCAUGUUGCACAUUCUCAAUAGUUUAAAUGGAAAGAUAGUGGAUGACAGUCAGUGGGUUGUUCAGCCAGCAACUGUCUACCCUCCAGAAAUCCUCCGAGCCCUGUGGAGUCAGCCUGAUGGAAGAAAACAUGUGAAAGCUAUAAUCCACAAUUUACUGCAAAGGAUUGCUGAGAGUCACACAGAUAUGGGAAGGCUGACUGAUGUCGCAGCCAAGUAUUAUGGAGAUAGAUUGUAAAUGAACUAGUGCAAAUUUUGUUCUGGCGAAGGCAAACGUGGUUUUCAUCCAUGACCACUUUCAGCAUCAGGGGUUUCAAUAGAGAUAUUGCAUGGAAGUCUUGUCAAGUGCGCAAAAUGUAAGAUUAACGGCAUUGACAUUAUAUAUUGAUUCAGAUAUAGAGAUGGGAAGCUCACUGAUUUUGAGCUCUGAAAGACUAAAGCCAUAUCUCAUAUUUGAGAGUUUCACUCUUCAGCCUACAAAGCCAGCAGCAACUCAAAUUUCCACCGAGAGCAGAAAGCCAUGGAAUGCAUUCCCUGUGAUUUCCUCCGGACAACCACUCAGGCCUUUGUUCUUAUAUAUUGUUAUGCCAGGUGUGCAUUGGGUUUGAGAUUGUGGUAAAUAGCAUACGAGGAUACACAAGGGGCAUCUGUACAACUCACAAGGAAACAUUGAAACUACUGUUCUGUUCAAGCCCUUAACACAACUUUAAAGAGAAUACAGCGGAAAGCACAAGGCCUAUAGUGAGAUACCCUCAUCAAAGCAGUUUCUGAAGCUGUUAGCUUAUAUUUCAUUGUUGAACAAUGGGACUCUCAAAAUGGACAGCUCUAGUUGUAAAUGUA